AAUUACCCGGAGAUACAAUAAUUACCCGGAUAGCACUCUAAACUCCCGGAUUUUAAUAUGUCGGCACAUGAUGUGUGUAGUAUUUUCGUUUACGGAACGUUGCGGCCUGACGACGACACGGGUGCUUCUUGGAAACAUGGAUUUCUAGACGGCACCGUGCAGAGAAAGGCGAUCCUACCUAACGCGGCUCUUUUCUUUGAUUCGUACCCAUGUGUUGUUCUUCAGAUGCCAGGGACUUCUGUUGUCGGUUACGUUGUUUCCUGUCAACGGAAAUCAGACUUUGCCGCUAAACUUCGACUCGGUGACGAGAUCGAGGACUGUCCAUCGAUCUAUGAGCGAGACGUCGUCGAGGUGCGCUUAGUGGACGAAGAAAGCACGAUGAAAGCGUUCGUAUACCACAGGAAGGCGUGCAAACGAGACACACCCAUUGCGAGUGGUGAUUGGUUGGACAGAGAAGGCGUCAGCUUGAAUCCCGGCUUGUACUCAAUGGUUCUUCCAGUUUUAAAGGACAAAUGAGAUGUGGGAGUUAGCACGACAGUUUGAAAAGAAAGCUUGCAAUUUAUGGGAAAAUUGGCAUUUUUUGUAUUUUGCACAUAUAUUAAAAUUUUGCAGAGAAAAGGUGGAAAUAGAAGGCGAGAAAUGUUUUAGUAUCAACAGAAAUUGAUAUUUGUGUUUAUUUCUGCACCGUUAAUUAAUCAGAUUA